AGUCGGGGCUCAAGACGCGAAGUCAAGCGCUUUGGUCAUUUUUGGACGUCGCAAUGCUGCGAGUUCUGCUUUUCACUUCUCUGUGCAGCGCGGCGGUGGCCUUUGUGGCGCCGGCUUCACAAGCCACCAGGAGCGAGUUCCAGGCACCACACCUGGCGCAGCUCACGGAAGUGCCCAGCGAGGCUGACAGCACAUCUUCGUCCUCAUCUGUGCUCCUGGGCAUCAGCUUGGGCUACGCUGCUGCAGCCGUGGGCGCGGUGGCACGCCAGGGCCGCGUGGCACGUCACGCCGAAAGCCAGCCUCCAGCCGCUGUGGCCAGGACCCCUGUGGCCUAUCCCAUUUUCACCUUCCGCUGGCUGGCGGUCCAUGCCCUGGUGGUGCCCACCGUCUUCUUCCUGGGUGCUAUCAGCUCUAUGCAGUUCAUCCAGCGCUGAGGCGGCGAAAGCCGCGGAUUUUUGGAGGAUUUUCGGACG